AUGGAGGAAGACCACAAUCAGCCCCUGCUCUCCACUUUUUAUGAUGCCCAUAAUCCAAACGCAAUUGACCAGAAUAAUUCUAUAAUUGAAAAGAAGCCCUGUUCAGUUACAGCUGAUCACACAUUUUAUAAUACUAGCAUCAUUGGCUUCUCAAGAGAAUUCUAUAUUGAAUUGAAGAAGCUUUGGUCCCUAGCCGGUCCAUUUAUAUUUGCUUCAGUUUGCCUGUACGGCCUCGGCUGCUUCACUCAGAUAUUUGCUGGCCAUUUGGGAACCAUUCAACUUGCUGCAAUUUCAGUUGAAAAUUCAGUCAUAGCAGAUUUUGGCUAUGGCAUUCUGGCAGGAACGGCAGGUGCAUUAGAUACUCUAUGUGGACAAGCAUAUGGAGCGAAGCAAUAUGAUAUGCUUGGAAUAUACAUGCAAAAGUCAUGGUUUAUCCUCACCAGUGCAACACUAGGAAAUCUCUCUCUCUUCAUAUUUGCAACCCCAGUCCUGAAAUUCCUAGGCCAAACUGCUACAAUAUCUACUGAGGCAGGAAGAUUUGCCUUGUGGAUGAUUCCACAGCAGUUUGCAUAUGCAUUGAUGAUUCCAACCACAAAGUUUCUCCAAGCUCAAAGCAAGGUUAAAGAGAUGGCUCUGAUAGCUGCGGUGGCGCUUUCUCUACAUGUUUUUCUGGGCUGGUUUUUGAUACUCAAGAUAGGAUGGGGUCUUCCCGGCGCGGCCCUGAUGCUGAAUUCAUCAUGGUGGUUUGUAGCAGUGGCUCAGUUCUUGUAUAUCAUCUCUGGUAGCUGUGGUCAAACUUGGUCUGGCUUUUCAUGGAAAGCCCUCACAAAUCUUUCAGGAUUUCUCAAGUUAUCAGUGUUAUCAGCUCUUAUGCAAUGUUUGCCAUCGUGGAAUGGGAUGGCAGUGACCCUUCUUGCUGGAUAUUUAAAGAAUGCUGAAGUUUCAGUGGCAGCAUUGUCUAUAUGCUUUAAUAUAUUGGGCAUAGCCACCACGGUGGGCUCGGGGUUUAGUGCUGCCGUAAGCGUGCGGGUGUCAAAUGAAUUGGGCUCGGGGCGAUCAAGAGCUGCAAAAUUGGCAGUAAUGGUAGUCGGAAUAUUGUCCACCCUGUUCGGCCUUUUGUUUGCUCUGGUUCUGUUCUUACAACGGAAGCAAUACCCAGCAAUAUUCUCAGAUGAUGAACAAGUUAAGCAGCUGGUGGAGGAGCUCACCCCACUUCUCGGAACUCAUAUAACUUUUUAUUGCAUUCCUGCAAAUGGUGUGGCUGCUGGAGCAGGGUGGCAAAAUUUUGUAGCAUAUAUGAAUAUUGGCUGCUAUUUCCUGAUUGGGGCUCCUUUGGGCAUUGUAUUAUGCUUCAAAUUUGACUUAGGCCUCAAGGGUCUUUGGUACGGAUUGCUUCUUGGAUCAUGCCUUCAAAUUCUAGGAAUAUUGUUGGUAGUUUGCCUAGCAAACUGGAAAAAGGAGGCUUAUGCGGCUCGAAAGAGACUAGAACAAAUGGGAGGGAAAACGCUACCUCAAGAUGAUGAAGAGACAUGAAUUUUGGAGGCAGAAAUCGUAGAAAUAAAAUAAAACUGAAUCUAAGGUGUAACAUUAUAA